UUUAUAUAUAUAUAUAUAUAUAUAUAUAUAUAUAUUACAUAACCCUGUUGUUUCCGUUCUUCUUCUCCAAGCAACUUGCUCGAUCAAUAGCCCGCAUUGUUCUGCACCACGAUCUUGAGAAAAGGUUUCUUGAAAAGAUGGAAGUCAUUGAUGUUGAAGACCAAAUCUCUAUCUCAAUUGAUGAUGGCGAAAUUUCGGAUGCCGGGUCUGUAGCCGACGAAAGGAGAGCUCCUCGCGAGCAAAUCGGGUUCUUUGCUCGGGAAGGAUUGUUUCGCAUAGGAGAAGGGAGCACGGAGCUUGGAUUGUUGAAGAGAGUCUUUCUAUUGGGCAUGGGAACGGCUUCUAAGGACACCGACGUUGUGGAAAUACAUAGGAACACCGGCUCCAGCUUGACAAAGAAAGCAAAGUUGGACUCGUAUAAGAUUUUCUCCGAGGCGGUGGCGAGAAAGUGUGGCGGCAAUGCUAACACGAGGUAUGCUUGGUAUGGCGGUUCGAGGGACGAAAUUCUUGGCAUUCUGAAACAUGGGUUUAGCCGCUGUGGAACGCCCUUGCAUGGUCCGUCGUAUGGCGUUGGACUCCAUUUGGCUUCUGCGAAAUUCGCCAUUGACAGCGCAUCUUCCUGUGUGGCCGAUGAAGACGGGUUAAGACAUAUUCUGCUAUGCCGCGUUAUUCUGGGCAACAUGGAAGUGGUUUGUCCUGGUUCCAAGCAGUUUCAUCCAAGCUCCACGAAUUUCGACUCCGGCGUGGACAAUCCCUCGGAUCCCAGAAGAUACAUUGUGUGGAGUGCUUUCAUGAAUUCCCACAUCCUUCCCGCUUUCACCAUUACUUUCAGGGCCCCUGCAUGCUUAAAUCGUUUUCAAAGUGUGCCUGCAAAUUUUCCCACACCCAAAACGCCACGGAUGUGUAUUCCUGCUCUGAUAUCUGUACUUUCAAGGUCCUUAAAUCCUUCUCAAAUGGCUUUGAUUGAAAAGAGACAUAAAGAUUUGCGGAACUUGAAGAUCACGCGAAGACAAUUUGUAAAUCUACUCAGGGUCACCGCUGGAGACGAGUUGUUAGCUGAAAUAGUCAAAACUCACGCACAAGGUAGAUGAUGCAGCAAAACACAAAAGAAUAAUGAUUUUCUUACGGCCUUUACACAAUUUUUACGUAACUCUUUCUCACAUUGUGUAGGUAUGGGUCUCACAUGUGAGACCUACGUGUAUAAAACCCACAUAACAUGAGAGGAGUUGGGUAGGAGUUGGGUAAGAAGAAUUGUGUGAAAAUCAAUUUUCAAUAUAAAAUAGUAGCAAAGAAAAGAUUGUGGCAAACACGUGGGAUGACGUUCUUCUACGUUAAAAAGCAAAGACGUUUUAGUGUAGAUUUGGGUUUUGGGUUUAGUUCUUCUUAGUCUAGAGAUUUGAAUGUACUAGUGUUACUCCUAGCCUCCUUAAAGGAUUUGUUUUGUUUACUUUGAUUUUCCAAUAGAAAACAUCAGACUUUACUA